AUGGCCACCCCGGCCGACCUGAUGAAGCUGGAGCCGCAGCAGCUCGAGUCGAUAGCGGAGACCCUCGAGAAGGACAUUGAGCGCUUCGGGGAGUUCUUCGCGCAGCUCUCCGGCGCCGCGGGCACCUUUGCGAGCUCCCAGCAGGCUGUUCUGGCGCUGAAGGACGAGAAGCCUGGGAAGCCAAUGCUGGUGCCCGUCACCUCGUCUAUGUACGUCAGGGGCACUCUCGCGGACACGUCGAAUGUCCUCGUCGACAUCGGAACUGGGUACUUCGCGGAGAAGGACGUGAACGCCGCGGCGGACUUCUGCGCGCGGAAGGUGAAGAUGCUGCGCGGGGAGGCUGAGAAGGUGCAGGCGGUGGUGCAGGCGAAGCAGCAGCAGCACAUGCAGAUCUCGCAGAUCGCGCAGAUGAAGCAGCAGCAGGCCGCCAAGGCCGCGGGCAGCUCCUAG